UUGGGUUGCUCCGUUUAACAAUUUAUUCGAGUGGUGAUCGUUGUUGAGUUAAGUGAUCAAUAUUAUAAGCAACAAGUGUUUGUGUGAAGCAACAAAAUAUGUUGCAAAAAUGGUUUAUACUAGUGCUAUCAGCUUGUUUUGCUAAGUGCAGUUACGGUGAAGGUCAUUACACCAUCGUCGCAGCAAAAAAUAUUCGAGCCAAUUCUGAGUACCAUGUCUCAGCCUCAGUACACGACGCAAUUGAGCCCAGUACAAUACGAUUGACCGUGAAAAAUAAUAGGGGCUUCAGAGAUUCGAAAGAAGUUACUAUUCCACCAUUCACCACUGAAAUGGUUCAGUUCAGCACUGGUGACCUGCUGAAAGGUGAUUAUUCAAUUGUUGCCGAAGGUCUGAGUGGAAUUACAUUCUCAGAAAAAUCGAGUAUUCGUUUACACGAAAAAGUUCAAACCGUUCUGAUACAAACUGAUAAAGCCAUGUACAAGCCUGGUGAUCAGGUAAAUUUCCGAGUCUUAGUACUGGAUCUCAAUCUGAAACCUAGCGUGAUCAGAGGCGACAUGUUGGUGUUCAUUAGCGACAGCUCCAACAAUCGAAUUAAGCAGUGGCUAAAUGCAACGACAACAAAAGGUGUAUUCACUGGGGAACUUCAACUAUCCGACUAUCCCAAUUUGGGCAAAUGGCACAUUAAUGUGGAGGUAAACCGUGAAACGAAGAAGAAAUCUUUUGAAAUUGCUCAGUAUGUUCUGCCCAAAUAUCAAGUGAUUAUUGAUACAGAUAAAGACGUAACCUAUAAAGACGGCCAAAUACGCAUAACAGUCAGAGCUAAAUACACGUACGGACAACCAGUCAAAGGACAGGCUGUUGUCACUGUCACGAAUUAUAGCUACCAACCACGGACGACAGGUAUUUUGUGUAGCCGAACGAUUCCGGUUGAUGGCAAAGGCUAUGUUGAAUUCGAUAUCACGGACGAUUUGAAGGCAACCGACGAUUAUGACAGUAAAUUUCACAUUGAAGCUGCGGUAACAGAAGAUUUAACUGGGAACACUCAGACCGGUAAAGCGCUAAUAACAAUACACAAAUAUAAGUUCACCAUUACCACAGUAGAAACACAAAAAUCUUAUAAACCAGGACUGCCAUCGAAAAUCACGGUUAAAAUUGCUUACCACGACGGAUCCCCAGUUGUGGAUGCAGUCAACAAUGUACUAAUAAACCGCAACUUCGAUGGGUAUGAAUCGGUUCCCACUACGGAUGGAUACACCCUAGAUUCGCAUGGAAUGGUUUAUAUCAAUUAUUCCUCUCUAGAAUCCGGAUUUCACCUCAACGUCGAAUAUUUAGAUUGUUUUAAACACUUGGGCUACUAUCGGAAAUCUGAAUCUGAUACAGGACAGUAUAUCCAAGCUAGAGUUCAAACAUCAAAUCCUCGCAUUGAUCACGAAGUUUCUGUUGAAGUUACUUCAACCGAACCAUUGGACUACUUUACGUAUCAAAUAUUAGGACGUGGCGACAUUAUCGUGACUCGAACGGAGCCGGUUCCAAAGACCAAUUACUUUGUGUUCACCUUCUUGGCGUCAUUUGAAAUGGUUCCAAAGGCUCAAUUGAUCGUUUACUACAUGAAAAAUGCGCAUAUAAUAUCUGACUCAAUUGACAUUGAAUUCGGCGAAGAACUUCACAAUUUCGUAAAUGUUGACACAUCAGUCGCUCAGGCUAAGCCCGGACAAACCAUUGAUAUUACGGUAUCUACGAAGCCUGGAUCGUUUGUCGGUCUGCUUGGUGUCGAUCAAAGUGUUAUUCUUCUGAAAGAUGGUAACGAUUUGUCGAGAUCUGAAGUUCUGCAUGAAUUGGACGAAUAUCGACAGUCCAGUGGAGGAAUCCGCAGAGGAAGAUUCGGGCAAAGGAGUAGUGGAUGGCAAGACUUCGAUAAAGUCGUGUUAUUAUCCAAUGCAUUUGAUCCACGACGCUGGCACUUCCAACUUAGAUUUGGCGCUGGUGGUCUGAGAAGGACAUAUUCUGAAACCGAGCCACUUACUGGUAGUGUCAUGACAUCCGCGAAUGCUCACGACACUAGUUUAUUGGAAAGCGAUUUGACUAAAUCUCCUCAAGAAUCACUGGUUAUUCGGACGGAAUUUCCAGAAACAUUUAUUUGGGACUAUAAUGCCACGGAUAGCACCGGAACCAAAUCAAUUCAGAAAAGAGUUCCCGACACAAUAACAUCAUGGAUAAUCACUGGAUUCACCAUAAGCGAUGUGUUCGGACUCGGUCUGACAAAAUCACCAAGGACCCUGAAAGUGUUCCAACCGUUCUUCGUUUCCUUGAACCUCCCAUAUUCAAUAAAAAGGGGGGAAGCUGUUGCUAUACAAAUCGUUGUGUUCAACUACAUGGAUGAAACUGUUUCCGCUUCGGUUACAUUGGAAAAUUCAGAACAGGAAUUCGUUUACUCGGACCCGUCCAACGAAGUGGAAACACCGAAAAUUGAACAAUUUCGUGAUAAAACCAUUUUCAUCAAAUCGAAUCGCGGUGCACCAGUAUCAUUUCUUAUUACGCCCACAAAAGCUGGACCAAUUAAAAUCAAAGUCACGGCCACAUCAUCGCUAGCUGGUGAUGCAGUUGAAAGAACUCUUCUGGUUGUACCUGAGGGUGUGCCACAACGCAAAACCGAUGCAUUUUUCAUUGAUUUGAGAGACAGAUCAGAGUUCAAUGAUAAAUUCACCAUUGAGAUACCAAGUAACGCUGUGCCAGACUCAACCCGAAUCACCGUAUCUGGAGUCGGUGACCUUAUGGGUAAUUCGAUUAAAAAUCUCGACAAACUCAUUCAAAUGCCCAGCGGGUGCGGUGAACAAAACAUGUUAAAUUUCGUUCCGUGCAUUGUGGCUAUCAACUACUUGAAGCAUACCGGUCAACUGACUGAGUCUAUCAAAAGUAAAGCGCUAAAUUUCAUGGAAAUCGGAUACCAGAGGGAACUGACUUACAAACAUAGCGAUGGGUCCUUCAGUGCGUUUGGUAAAUCGGAUGAUAGUGGAAGUACAUGGUUGACAGCGUUUGUAGUGCGAUCGUUCCUACAAGCCAGAAAUCACAUGAUGGUUGAGGACAACAUUAUCGGCGAAGCUUUGAAUUGGUUACAAGACAAACAGGCUCCGAAUGGAAGUUUCCCGGAAGUGGGUCGAGUUAUUCAUGAGGAUAUGCAAGGAGGUUCUAGCGAGGGUGUAGCACUCACUGCCUUUGUAGUUACUGCAUUUUUAGAGGAUCAGACUAGGAUCGCCACUUAUCGUGACACUAUCAGUAGAGCUCUAGAAUACAUUAUUAAGAACUUGGAAGGUGUAGAUGAUGCUUAUUCGCUGGCAGUAGCUUCAUAUGCCACUCAACUGGCCAAAGAUCAAACUCGCACUGCAUUACUGCAGAAAUUAGAUGCUAGCGCUAAGACAAACGGUGACUUUAAACAUUGGGAAAAGGCCGUACCGCAAGAAGAAACCGAAAAUCCAUGGCUUUUGCAGAAAAAUUCAGUUAACGUUGAAAUUACUGCCUAUGCCUUGCUAACAUUUAUCCACAAUAAUCAAAUUACGGAAGGUCUCCCCAUUAUGAAGUGGCUGUUGAGUCAGCAAAAUGAAAAUGGUGGCUUCCAAUCGACUCAGGACACUGUUGUCGGCAUUACAGCUCUGGCUAAAUAUGCCGAAAAAAUAGCACUUGGUCAAAGCGAUAAUGUUGUGAUUGAUGUCUCAUACAAUAGCGACAGCGAAUCAGCAAUCAACAUAAACAAGCACAACGCCUUGGUGCUGCAGACGAUAGAGAUUCCAUCCAGUGUACGAUCCAUUAAUGUUAAGGCCACAGGAAGCGGCUCCGCUCUGUGCCAGCUGUCCUACAAAUAUAAUCUGAAUGAAACCAGUGAAUGGCCACGAUUUGUGCUGGAUCCACAAGUGAAUAAAACCUCAAAUUCAGACCAUUUGCACCUAACCGUUUGCACCAGUUUCGUUCCGUCCGGUGGUGUAACUCAAUCGAACAUGGCCGUAAUGGAAGUUUCAUUACCGAGUGGUGUCGUCGCCGAUUUAGAAAAGAUUCCGUUACUGCAGUCGUCUAGUGGAGUGAAGAAAGUUGAAACUAGAAAUGGAGACACCAUUGUCGUUGUAUACAUUGACAAAUUGAGAUCGGAAGCACUUUGCUUUGUCAUCGACGGAUAUAGAACGAGUAAAGUCGCCAAUCAAAAGCCAUCUCCGAUUAUAAUUUAUGAUUACUACGACACUUCCAAAAAAGCAACGAAGUUCUACCAAAGUUUCAAAACUAAUUUAUGUGAAAUUUGCGAUGACAUUGAGUGCAAGAACGCAUGUAUGGCUAAAACUGCAGCGGUAUAAUCCAACCUUGAUGGCCAAAUUAGUGCAAAAUCUUCAGCAUAUGUAGAAAUGUAGUUGUUGCUUUUGUUGCAAACCUGUUCAAACAUUACUAGCCUAAUGGUGUGCCCUGGGAAGUGAUAUUUAAAUUGAAAUUGUUGUAGCCAAAAUUUAGUAAUUUUUUAAUAAUAAAUGCUGAAGA